CAACUUGUUGCGCCGGUUUGUGGGGUUCUCAAUCUGUUUUUGAGCCUCGUACGUAGUACAUCGACUUUCGCUGCCGAUCUUCUGCUUGAAUCAUUCUGAACAAACAACCCCACACAUCACGAUGCCCAAUCCACUGUGGUUCAUCUUCUGGCUGCUGGUCUUCUGGUUCGUCUCCUUCUUUGUGGCAUUCUUCUGUGCGUUCUUCUACAUCUGGGUCUAUGCAUUCGCUUCCUGCAUUCCAGCCCUCACAGGCAUAGCGGACAUUUUGCUGCAAGGCGUGCAGUUUCCGUUCUACUGUGGAAAGGCUAUGCUGGAGGGCAGACAGGCGUUCUAAAUGUGGAAAAUCCCCUGCCAAUCUCAACUCUAAGUGCCUUACUGAUAUAGCUCAUGUUUUCGAUAAUUUUUUUACAAUAAAGCUUACCUAACUAAUAUUUAUAAAACAAA